GAUCGCGUUACGUUCAGUAUCUGUGCGACGUCACGAGUCACUCCCGGCUGUCAGCUCAGCUGUUCGUGCACUUUGACAGCGAGUCACGUCUCGUGUUUUCCCAGCGUGUCCUCGUUCCAUCGUAACGAUCUGCCAUACGAUCGUCGAUCAAAUUCGCUGCGAGAAAGUUUGCGUACGAUUGUCGAGCCGAUAAAUUGCGUCGAAUAUUCGCCUUUCGAGUGUCUGUUCGCGAGGCACGUGCUCCUCCCGAGGGAAUUAAGUAUAUAAUUAAGUAAAGAACGCAGUGCGUUGAAUUAUUCCCUCAGACGGACGAUUAGAGGUUUGUACGCAAACAGAGUUGCUCCGUUUGCGGACGGUCUGUUGGCAAACACGCUCGUCACACAGAGAAUACGACAUCGAGAAGGCUGUGUCUCCGAUCAACGUUCACCUCGAGCACGUACACCGUUGUACGCGUUCGAAAUUGCGCGCCUGAAAUUACAUUGAGAAGGGGACAUCGUCGGGACACGUUCCCAGCCUCUUGGUAGCUUCUUAACGAAGCACUCCGCCUUUUAAACGAAUUCAACAAGGCCACUCGUCCGCGGUCAAUUCGUACCAGUCCGCGUGGACGGAUUCGUCCCGCUCGUCUCCUCGCUCCAUUAGGGUUGACUGACCGGCCGAUUCACGAGUUAUCGUGCUGGUCCGCGCGCAGUCUAAGAUACAUUCGCGAAGCGUGUACGAUGCGCUUGUUCCGUCGCGACAACGUGAUAUAUCGUCAAGGAAAACAGAGCGCGUGAAAGAGGAAGAGAGCAAGAUCGCGGACACAGAAGCGUAACGCCGGUGGCUAUACAUCGAAAGAAGAGGAUUUCGAGGCUGCCACGCGAAUCCAGCGCGUAGUCGUCCGCCGAGAAUCGUGAGCCCAGACGAUCCGCAGUUAACGAUCAACAAAAGUACUGGCCGGUAAUUAGAGGUGGAUUAAUUGGACCGCGAAGCAGCUCGCGUCGGACGCGAUGAAAGAGAAGAGGAACGUUGCGAGGAAGAGAGGAUCGCUAGAAUAAGCGCGCUGUGUUGCUUUCUCGCUUCAGGGAUUCUCGUCUGCGACGAAUUCCACCUCGUCUCUACGUGUAAAUAUUUACCGCAUUGUCAGUGAACUCAUUGGAACUGAAACACUUCUUCGUGUAAUACGGAUCUGUAAAUUGGAACUUGUUCGCGAACAGGUUGUCCUUGUUCAGAUUGCAGUUGCAACUUCCAAUUAUAGUAACUGCUCGCUAGUGUGUUUAUGAUACAGUUGUCAACCUGUGUCAUCGUUUUUUCAACUUUUACAAGUUAUUAGCCAUCGUCUUUUUUUUUAUACAAAUCUUCACAUUUAUCGAAAGGACUACUUCCGAGCUUAAUUACGAUAAGUGAAACUGGGAAGAUCGGAAGAUCGAUAGAUCGAAAAAGGGUGGUCGAUCGAUUGAUCACGAGCGCGAGUGAAUCGGCGGCGGUCAGCGUGUCGGGGAUCGGGUCGGAGGAUGCGCCGUCGCGCGACAACGCGAUUUUCGGCGAUCGUGGCGAUAGGAUGUUGACAGCCCGUUCUGGGCCUUUUGGGCUCGGCGUACCGCGAACCCUGGGGCCCGCGGAGGGGAGUGAUCAUCUCUUCCUACUACCUGAAAGGGCACUGAUCAUGGAUAGCACCCACUUGAGACAGGACCUGGCUGGUCUGGACUUCAACUUGCACCUGAACCUGCUUCACACUGCGCCUCGCGGCAACGUCUGGCUAUCUGGAGCCGCUUCUGAGGAAACUAACCAAAGGUCCAGUUCUGCACACAAUCGCCACUCUCUCACGAAGGAACAAACGAUGCACUGGUUCGCCCAAAUCGGAGGUGACGAAGCCUCUCCCGAUUCGUCAGAUGUGAAGCGCCGGCAAAGUCUCUACGACGAGGACUCCCUCGAUGGCGAUCAUCCUAGCGAGAACGAAGGACGGGAGUCGACGGGAAGCGCGAAAGACGUGGACAGGGCGAAGCUCGUCCGUGAGAGACAAAACGAAGAGCGGCAGCGGAAGUUGGAAGAGCUGAGACAGCAAGCUCUCGCCGCGCAACGUUUCCGGGAGCAACGGGAAGAGGAACGCCGAAGGCGCAUCGACGAGCUCAAAUCGCGUGACAACGACAGACGAAACCAAGUCGGAGAGAGAAAACGGGCGAUAUGCGAGGCGGAAAGAGAAAGAAGAGAGGCGAUCCUCCGAAAGAAUCAAGAGAGAGAAGCUCGUAUAGAGGCGAAGAAGAAGAACGAGAGGUCGCAUAUCGUGUUUGCGUUCGGAAGUUCUACACCGAGGAUGUUGGAGCCAGCUGAUACCGGUGGCUCCACUUUCUGGGGAACGCGUCGCGCAACCUCUACCACCAAUGUAAUGAUGUUCUCGGCUGCACAGCCGUUGACAAGGAGAUCCUCAGAGAGAGAGCUCGAUGGCAGCAAGAAGAGAGCCACGUCAGCUGGUGGACUUGACCGGAAACCCGGCGAAGAUAUGAGAAUGUCCUCGUCCAUGUACGAGGUGUUCAAUUGGAAUUCUAGCCCUGAUCCUCCCUUAACCCCCGCCAAACAUAAGAGAGCCAGCCUCUCUCUGCCUCCUACAACUGACAUCUUUGCCAUCGAUGAUAAGUCUGAUAGCGACACUAGGCGUCCGAUGAUUCAGCGGGCUGCCAGUGGUGAAGAAAGCGACGGAACACCGGGAACCCCUAGCUCGGUUUAUCUGCGGGUGAACAGGAGGCGUACCGAUCUGAUGCCAACGAUACCAUCGCCGCGUGAUGGACCGCCAUCAUCAGGGCGUAGUUCGAGCGCUAAGGCCUUCGCACGUUCGCCAGGUAGGACUUACUCCAUGUCCAGGCUGGACCAACUGGCGCAGCCUAGGAAACGUCCGACAGAACUUAGCACACUGACGGAACAGCAAAGCCAGCCUCUGAGCGCUUCUAGCAUGAGUCGCAGCAUGUCACAUUUAGCUGCGUCCGGAGGCAAGAGCCUCAAACGCUCAGAUAACUCUCGUAGCAUGGGUACAUUGCCAGGCGCGGUUCCAAUGCCGAGACCAACCAGAGCCGAGAGACUUCGUCGCAAAGCCCGCGAGCAUCAGAACCAACAGCAGCAAGGCAUCCGCAGCGGGGAGGUGACACCGAACAGCCCAUCACGACCGCACAGCUCCAUGAGUCAGCAAAGCGCCAGCAGUGUGGGCAGCAGUAACGUCAAUCUGCGUCCUCGUACAGCUGCCCCGCGUCGACCGCGACCUGCUUCUAUUGCCGGUACCGGUGUUUCGGUCACAGAACGACACAAUCUAGUGAGCGAACCGAAAUCGACGAAGGAUUCGAAACCGCCACUGCCAAAGGUCCAUAGCACUCCAAAGAAAUCAUCUACACCGAAAGCGACGGAGAUCAAGAAGCCGACAGAGAAACUGGUGAAGAGCGCGAAGGCUUCACCGCGAAUAACCCCGAAAGUGACACCGCUGCAAAGCCCUGGAGCCGAGAAUGCUCCGCUGAUUCGUGGUAGUACCGGAGAGAUAAUAAAAAGCGAAGUGAAAGAGGAUACAAAAUUAGACGAUAAAUACGAAGAGAAGAAAGACCAAGGCACUGAGAAAACACAACAGGAAAUAAGCGCCGCGGAGCAGGGUAACGAAGAAAUGAAAAAGUCGAUUGUUAUCGAACAAUCCAAUUCUAUAUCGAAGCAAACGAAGGACGAAACUAAUUUGAAUCAAGAGAAUCAAUCGACUGUGCGGUCUCAAGAAACACCCAAAGCUGCGAAGAAGGAAGCCGAGGCGAAAUCCGAGAAUAACGUGGAGGAACAGGUCGAUAUGUCAGCAUCGAUGAUAGCAAAGAUCCGGAUCACUACGGAAGAGGAAGCCAAGGCAGCUAUAGCUGAACGUAGAAGAUUAGCUCGAGAACAGGCUGAACGAGAAGCCGAGCUUGAACGCCAACGACAGGAGGAAGAAGCCCGUUUAGAGGCCGAGAGAUUGCGCGCCGAGGAAGAAGAACAACGUCGUUUAGAGGAAGAAACGCUUCGUUUGGCUAAUGAAGCUCGUGAAGCCGAGGAGCAGAGACUGAGACUGGCGAUUGAGGAAGCAAAACGUCGCGAGGAAGAGGAUAGGAGAAGAAGAGAAGAGGAGGCUCGUCAGAAACAAGAGAAAGAAGAGGCUGAGCGGAAAGCGAGGGAAGAAGCGGAAAGACAGCGGAUCGAAAUGGCAGAACGCCUUAAGAGGGAAGAGGAAGAGAGACUUGCUAGACGUAAACGUGUCGAGGCGAUCAUGCUUAGAACUCGGGGCAAGAACCAGAAUAAUACACCUACGAAAGGUGAAGGUGGUGAUGGCGAUAAGUUGAAAGAAGAUAGUCCUAACGAUGAAAAUAAAACGGCACCAGGUAGCAAAGUCGAAGAUGUUAUGACAGCCAGUCUGAUAUCCGAAGCGACUCAACAAUUCAUUAGCGGAGAGCAACGAGCUCAUCAUACAGAAAACAAUACUACUACGGACAUUGUGCAUAACGGCACGCAUAGUAAUGGCAUUAAUGAAAGUAAAAUUGUGUUGGAUAAUAAUCAGGGUAAUGUGGAAGGAGAACUGAAUGGUCAUCAUACAAAUCACGGAAACGGUAUCAACAGUCAAUCAAUUACACUGGAUAAUGCCACCGUCAAACAAAACAACGUGACCAACAACCUGUUAGACCUAACGGAAUUCGACUCUCUCAGUAAUAGCAGUAGUGGUCCAAUACUCCAACUGACAUCCAAUCUGGCCAAUGAAGACACCCUCAACUCGAACCUAAAUCCAGCAGCUAUACCUUUCACUCCAAUGGCUAACACAUACAUGCCUACCGCUGCUAAUGCCAAUGUAAAUCCGUUCCAGGAUUCUUUUAUGAACAACAAGCCACAAGAUAAUAGUCAAGUACCAGAUCUUUUAUCAUAAUGCGCGUAUUAAACAUUCUGGUGAACGGAUGAAGAACGAUUGGAUUCGAAAAUAUACCGUGUUGCUUUGCAGCGAGUAAUAGGUAUAAUAUUCGAGAUGAUGUCAUUUAUGAGAUAAUGUAAAUAUGCGCUAUCGAUGUGUAGAAAUGGAGACCUAAGUAGAGAAAACGGGGGCACUACGUCAAAAAGAAAAAAGACUACUUUGUCCUUAAACGUCACGAGAAAUGUAAAAUAAUAUAUAAUGUUAAUUAAUAAUAUUAUGUAACAGCAAAUAGGCACUCAGUCCAUUAUAGUAUGCUAUAGAUAUAAAUCUAAUCUUUUAGAAGACCUUAAAGGGAAUAAGGCCUGUUUAUAACAUAUUGAUUUAAAAUACGCGUAUAUAUUUUAUUGUAUUAAAUUUCAUUAAAUUAAUUUCACACGUAAUUUUCACCCAUACCGUAACAUGUCGCGUUCAGAAUGUUCUAAAUCCUGGCAAUUUUUAAUGGAACGAGAUUUUAUCGAAUUUGAGAAACACGAAUUAAUCGGUACAAUGAAAUCUUUAUGCGUAAACGAACGUGUAAAACGGCUUGACAAAUAUUGCACAAGAUGGUGAAUUGGUUGGAAUAUUUUACGAAACUUAUAUCUGCCAAAAUGACGUAGGAGGUAAGCUCCAAUGAUUAUCCUUACAUAAGAGAUAGUAUAAUAUUACCUUAUAGAAUUUGAAUAUAGAAAACGAGUAUAUAUAUAUAUACAUAUAUAUAUAUAUAUAUAUAUAGUCAUAUCUAGUAAGAUCUUCUGCAGAUAUGAUGUAAAAAAAAAAACACAUUUCUUCCAUACUACAUUUUGGGGCGUGCGCUCACUAGUCAAGCAAUUUUACUGUUUUUAUCAUAUUCUUCUCUUUUCCUUAAUUACUAUCCCUUUUCUCUUUUUGUUUUUUUUUUUUUUUUAGAAAACUCAUCUAAUAUUGGUACUCUAGGUAUCCACUAGAUUUCAUUACUAUUACGUUUUCGUGAAUUUAACAUAAAUUUUCUAGCUGUGAUGUGACGACGAUGACGAAGACGACGAUUGCUUUGUGAAAUAGCCACUGCAUACGUUUAUGAAAUAAGAAACUGUCAACUAUGUUACUUUAUUUAUAAAUGAUAUUUUACUAGUUGUGGUAGGAGACGAAAUGCAAAUCUACGAUUAAACGUUUUAGUCAAAAAUAAGACAUUAACAUAAUUAUUAAUGGAAAUCCUAGCGAAGAUCUCGGGAAAUAUUUUGUAGCAAUUGAAGUGAACAAAAUUUAAAGGUCGCGUUGUGUUAAUCAUUAUAUACAGUAGUGGCUAUUCAUUUUAGUGGUAUCAUACUAGUAUACAGAUAGAAAAUGAUAAUUUUAAAGCCUGAUGUUAUUGAGCAAACAUUGUAAUUGGUGUCUAAGACAUGAGUUAUUUGUUACUAUUGUGGCAUACUAUUAUAAAAUCAAUACGAUUAGCAUGCUUUGUGUUUAACACUUGCGCAAUCGCAGGUGCAUAAUAGUGUCUUAUACACAUGGUUGUUUAUACAAAGGUUAAUAAAGUAUAAAUCUGAUUAACCUAGUUUUCAAAUAGCAGAAAUGAAGAAGAAAAAGAGAGAGAGAGAAGUCAUCGACAUGCCUGAAAGGAUUAUCACCGAUCUAUACAAACUCUGUAUACCGUUUGUUGUCUCUUUUAUUUUGUAAUCUUUUUAUGUUUGUGCUACGUACAAUAUUAGAAGUUCUCUUGAAUUCUUUCCGCAUAUGUUCUAUUGCGAUUGAUUUAAAGGAAUUUCGCGCUGCAUGCUUGCUAUCAGUACUUUUUCCUCGAAAUUGUUUAAUUUAAGGACUUUGAGCACAUAUAUUUAUGUAAUACCGCAGUGUGUUGUAUCCCAAAAUAAUUUCUAUUGUGCAAACAGAAACCUAAGAAUCGAUAUUUUAACGACACAACAAACAAACAAAAAUCUGUAUUUUUAUUGACAAAGAUUGAAGCACACUGCUGUACAGAAGCAUACGAUCCUAAGACAUUUUUAAUUGCCUAAGCUUCGUAAGCGCGUAGUUACGAUACCGUGAGGGAACUCAAAUCAGUUUUACGUAUCAUAGCUCGAUGCUCCACGUGGACUAUUUUUAACCAUAAAACUAUCGUCGUUGCUUUCCGUGACAGAACUAUGCAAUGACUAUAUUAUCGAGUUUAUUUAUUCAAACUAUUUUAUUCGGUCUAACUAAAACUAUUCUAUAAGAACACGUAAUAAUAAUAACUAUAAUAAUAAUAACAAUAAUAAUAAUCCCAAUACAUACGAACAAAUGUUUCUAAACAUACAAAUACUGAGAAUGCUAAAGAUCAUCAGUCAUGUCUAAAAAUACUUCGUAUUGUAUAAAUGCUUGUAUGUAAUAAAUACUUAAUAUUGAAAAUAAAUGAAA